UCCAGUAGCUUUAGAAAGCCAGUGUGUAAACAAAGCCUCUUUUACUUCCUUUUCAUUUCAACUGGCUUUAGUUUUCCCAUCAGAUACUAGCUCACAUAGAAUCCACCAGAGAACAUGGCAAGAAUUGCUGCAUCGUGGAGCGUGCUCUUUUAUUUCUUCAGUGUGCUGUGUGGAAAGAGUCUGUCCUUGGACCAUGUGCCGAUGCUGAUGUGGUCAACACACAGAUCCUUCCAAGGCUUGGCGUCUCCUUUACAUGAAGGACAGAUUAUCUCAAAGCAUGAGCUGCAUCUCUUGAUGAAACAUACCAUUUUGUUUCCAGAUUCGAAAAACAUUGUCUUAUUUCUUCAAGAUACGCUUAGUGUGGACGACUUCACACGUUACUCUGACUCUUCUGGAAAUGAGACACCUUUUUGCAAUGUGCAGCAGAGGCUACAAAAGGCUGCAAUCAAAGACUAUCAAAGUAUAAAAAGCAAUCACCUUUCUGUAAUUAUCCACUUCAUAAUUAACAGCUCUUUGUACUUGCUGCAGGAACUUCUUAAGACUUCACCGUCUUUGGUUUUACCAGCUGUUGACUGCCAUACAAUUAAUCACCUAUCAGACUACCUCCAGGAAUCUCUGAACUGGACUGUAGUCCAUGUGGAUGGUCUUGAUUUACCACAUCUGACAGUGAACGUGUCCAGACCAAAUAUAUUUGUGAUAAACCUACACCAAACCAAGAGGACAAAUGAACUCUCCCUUCAAAAAGAGCUCAUGGAAAAUGACCAAAUAAUUGGAAGUUUUGCCAGAGCUUUGCAGCAAGAAGGAAUUCAGGCUUCUUUCAUUUAUACAGCAAGAAGACCUUCAAGAGUGCCUAUGAAACUUGAUCUAGCAUGGCAUAGCAGACGACAACUAAUGUCUGCUGAAGAUCAGGGAAAUGAUAAGUAUCAACCACUGAACGUGACCAAUGAUGUCAAUGGAACUACCUGCAUCCUUUUUUAUGCCACUAAUUUUAGCCUUACAUACAUGGCCGAUGAGAAGACAAUUGUAGCCUUGAAUCUAACAGAUUUAACAUUUAUGCACCAGAAAGUGGACACUAGUUCAUCUAAAUGUUCAGAGAACAAUGCAACGUUAUCAUUAAAAUACGCCAAUGUAAGCAGUAUCAAGAACCUGGAAAUAAGAUUUGUGAUGACCAACAAGUUCUAUAAAGGCUCUGCUCGAAACUGGUUCACUUUAGAUUUUGUUUAUAUUCAAAAAGACGAUGAGAGUGUUGUUCAAUUUAAUGUCACAGACAUCUCUGGUCCUGCAGAGUAUUCAUUUCAUUGCCAGUUGGUAGGAACUGGGCACCAUCAAGGUGUGACUCUGAUUCCAAAAGAUGAUAAACAACAAAAAUGGGAGAUUGGCAUUUCUGAAUUCCAGAUCCAAGCUUUCAAUGUUAAAAACAUCACAUUUGCCUAUGCAAGUGACUGCACCUCAUUCUUCACCCCUGCAAUAUGGAUGGGUUUGGUCACUUCCUUCGUUUUAUUAUUGAUCCUUACCUAUGGAAUCCACAUGAUUACGAAUCUCACAACAAACAGUCGAUUUGAUGAUCCUAAAGGCCCAGCUCUUUCCAUCCCUCAGACAGAGUAGCCACAAAGGAACAAUCCAAAUCAUUUUCAACCUCCUAGACUAUCAAAAGAUAAAUGAAUAGGCAAUAAAAUGUUCAAGCUUUUAAAAAUAAAUGAGUGACUCUCACAAUUCUGCCAGUUGUUCCUGGCUUUUAAAACUGGCUGUCUAAAUGAAAACCCAGAGCCAGUGCUUUAAGCCUUCACAGGCAAAAAUUGUUCAUCACCAAAAAUCAGUAGUUAAUGUCAUCAACUUCAUGAGUGUCACCUUAGAAGUUUUAUAUUAUAUUGUACAAGUAUUUUGGGAAAGAAGAAUGGGACAUUUUAAAAGAAACUGGUUAAGAGUGAUGGCACAAAUUGAAGAGGUCUAUCUGGGCAAAAUCAGAGGUAUGAUGAUGGUGAUGGUGAUGUUUAUUUGUGCCCAGCUUUUUUCUCAGCAUCAAUUACCAAUAUACCUUAGAUAAUUUUGAAAAGAAAGGUAUGGUAGAUAUGUCUCAAUUUUAAAAAACACUUCUGCAAACACCAAAGCUUCCUGGGCACUCUGGGCUCCUUUUGAAAGAUUUAUAUAACACUUAGAUUGACUUGAUUACUCUUCUCUUUUUGUCUUUCAGUCAUCCUAUGAUGAAAUGAAGGUGUGGCAAUGCAGUUGCAAUUUAGAAAAGGAUUAUUAUUAUUAUUAUUAUUAUUAUUAUUAUUAUUAUUAUUUGAUACAGAACAAAAUUAGUACACAGCAAGCAAGAUCACUAUGCUGGCUUUUGUAUUGGAUCACACAUCGGAUACUUCCCAAGUGUCUAGGACUGUGUGAUGUAUUGGUGAAUAAUGCAAGCAGAUCCAAGUAGGGUGGCCCUUUGCAGGUGACAGAUGGUAAUUAUAUCAACGCCGAUGGUUUUUAAGUGUAGUCCAAGGUCUUUAGGCACUGCAUCCAGUGUGCCGAUCACCACUGGGGCCACCUUUACUGGCUUGUGCCAGAGUCUUUGCAGUUCUAUCGUCAAAUCCUCACAUUGUAUCACCUUUGUCAGUUGCUUCUCCUCAAUUCUGCUGUCACCUUCGAUUGCAACAUUGAUGAUUCAUACAUUGUUUUUUAACACGAUUGUGAGGUCAGGAGUAUUGUGCUCCAAAACUCUGUCAGUCUGAAUUCGAAAGUCCCAGAGUAGUUUGACAUGUUCAUUUUGUGUAACUUUAUCAGGCUUGUGAUCCCACCAGUUCUUUGUCACAGGCAGAUGGUAUUUGUGGCACAAAUUUGAAUGGAUCAUUUGAGCAAUGGUAUUAUGCCUCUGCUUGUAGUCUGUCUGCACAAUCUUCUUGCAGCAGCUGAGGAUGUGAUCCAUCAUUUCGUCUGCUUCCUUGCAUAGCCUACACUUGGGAUCUGAGUCAACUUUUCCAUUCUGGCUUUGAUGGCAUUUGUUCUAAUUUGUUUUUGGGCUGCAAGAAUCAGGCCCUCGGUCUCCUUUUACAAAGUUCCAUUUGUGAGCCACAUCCAUGUUUUUUCCUUGUUAAUUUUGCUCUCAGUUUGUACCAGGAACUGUCCAUGGAGAGCCUUCUUUUGCUAGUUUACUCCUCUGCUCCGCAUUGUAAUUUUACGGUAUUCACUCUUUGUCUUGUACACUUUAAGCAGUUUUCUACCUCCGGUGGCGCAGUGGGUUAAACUACUGAGCUGUUGACCUUGCUGACCGAAAGGUUGCUGGUUCGAAUCUGGGGAGCAGGGUGAGCUCCUGCUGUUAGCCCCAGCUUCUGCUAACCUAGCAGUUUGAAAAUAUGCAAAUGUAAGUAGAUCAAUAGGUACUGCUCUGGCGGGAAGGUGACGGCGCUCCAUGCAAUCAUGAUGGCCACAUGACCUUGGAGGUGUCUACGGGCAAAGCCGGCUCUUUGGCUUAGAAAUGGAGAUGAGCACCAACUCCCAGAGUCAGAUACGAAUAGACUUAAUGUCAGGGGAAAACCUUUACCUUUACCUACUAUUGACUUCCAUCAAUGUUGGUUCUUGACUGUCUUUUACGUAAUCUGCCAGUGCAUAUUUCUCUUCUUCUUGUUUCACUUGCAGAAGCACUCUGCCUCCUGAUUUUCUAGGCAGGUAAAGUCUGUCGACAUCACUACGUGGGUGUAAUGAGUAGUGGAUUGUCAUCAGUUUCCUUGUUUUUCGGUCCAGAUCAUCCAGCUCUGCUUGCAUCCAGUUCACAAUUCCAGCAGUGUAUCUGAUGACAGGAAUGGCCCUGGUGUUGAUAGCCUUGUUCAUGUUUCAGCCAUUUAGUUUGCUCUUCAAAAUUUUUCUGACCCUUUGGACAUAUUCUUUGCUGAACACAUUUUUCACAUGCCAAUGCUUGAUAUUAUUAUUAUUAUUAUUAUUAUUAUUAUUAUUAUUAUUAUUGGAAUUAGAAUUCUCUGCCAAACAGCUCUAGUGUGCUAUACCACACUAUAAACCCCAGGAUUCCAUAGUUUAAAUAGACUCAAAGUACCAUCACUGUGGAAUGUGAAAAGACCUUCAGAGAUCCUAAGUUCCGGAUCUUUAAUUAAUUCGCCAUUAAUUUUUGCCCUCCCGUUUCUUCAGACAUUUCUAUCAGGAAUCAGACAAAGGACAAUAUUCUUGUGACUAAAGCCAUUUAUAAAACCAAAGCAAAGCACCAUCAUUAUAAUAAUCUGGUUUGGAUUAAUUAGAAAUUAAAAUAUAAAUACAAAGCUUAAUUUGGAUAUUGUAGGAAGGAACCAUUCACUAAUAAGGGAACUCCCACACCGUGUGGAUGUUGUUAAAUAACAGGCAAAACCACGAAGAUUUUAUGCAACGUGAAACCCAUUCUUAAGUUAUGCAGAUGCUACAUCCCACGCCCAACAAAAUAAUACUCUCCUGGAUUAUGUGGAUUUACAGAGGUUAUUAUAGUACAAAAACUAUGAGUCUAUACUGCACACAUUCAAUAAUGUUUAUUGUAUAUGUGUGAAGCUAAACUUUCUUUUGCAUCUAUCGCUAUGUGGAUCCUGUGUUUGCUGUUUAUUGAGAAAUCUAUACAUAAAGAUAAUUACUAUUAAAAUAUCAUUGUUUACUGUAA